CAAGACUUUUAUUCCCAUACAAUAAAUACAAUAAGAGAGUUUGAUUCUCCAUAUAGUAAUGUUCCAGCUAGAAAGAAUUUAUUUAAACCUUUUUUUUUCUCAUCUCUAGCUGUUGCGGGUAGCAUCUUGGAGAAACGACCACCAACUACAAGUCCUUAACCGUUUUCUCCACCAAACUAAUGGCGACGGUAUGGGCAACGAUGACAGAGAUCAUCUUCGAGUACACAGGGUUAUCGGCGACGGCGUUCUUCACCAUUUUGGCGAUGAUGCUGGUGACUUACAAAGUGGUUUGUUCCAUGUUCCUCUCUCCUGAUGACUUUGUCCCUGUCAAAAAACAGUCUCUCAAUCUCGGCGACAUGACGGAAGAGGAACUUAGGGCUUAUAAUGGUUCUGACUCAGAAAAACCUUUGCUGAUGGCUAUUAGAGGGCAGAUCUACGACGUCUCUACCUCCAAGAUGUUCUAUGGUCCUGGUAGUUCAUAUGCAAUGUUUGCUGGAAGAGAUGCAAGCCGAGCCUUGGCUCUGUUAUCAUUCAAACCUGAAGAUAUUAAUGGAAACCUUGAAGGCCUUGGUGAUGCUGAACUUCAAAUUCUGCUAGACUGGGAAUGUAAAUUUAUGGAGAAGUACGACCGAGUAGGGCAGCUUGUUCUAAAGAAAACACUAACCUAGAAUAUAGAAGAUGCAAGUACUUGUGGGAUGGGAUAUAAGAAGUGCUGAAGGCAACGAAAGCAAUUAUGUUGCUGGAGAGUAAAGUUUUUGAAGAAUAUGGAGUAGAGCAAUACAGCCACCUAUGACUUCAAAUUCUUGCUGCUCUUUUGUACAGACUUCAAAAUGCGAUGUAAGUAGUUUGUGCUUUCUUUAGUGGAUACCUUAACAGUAUGUGCUUAUACAUUCAAAUGUGUUAGAGACUGAA